AUGAUAUUAGGAACCACCAUUGUGCUCUGUUUGCAUGGUUAUCAAGAGAGAUGCGAACAGAGCGCAAUAAAGCGAGAAAGAGAGGGAGAGGAGAAGGAAAAAGGAACAAAAAUGGAGCAACGCCUCCAACAUCAGAGUGAUGAAGUGAAAGGCCAUUGGGUGUGGGUAUGGGGUUUGCAGGAAACAAGUUUAAGCAUUGGAAAGAAUACGACACGUAGGCUUGUGGCUUUUUCUGUGGCGCAGAAAAGGGUUAUGGAGUUUCAGACGCUGCUUCAGCAAACUCUUGCUAAUGCUGUGCAGUGA